AUGUCAACAAACCAUAUUCCUGUGGGGAAACAGCUGAAGUCAUUACGGCCACAACCUGAACAAAUAGGGCCACCACAUAGACAUAGUGAAUCCUGCUCUGAGGAUGAACUAGGCACCAAGAAAAACGCCGUAGAUAGAGGAUAUUCACCUCACAAUUGGGUUAACGAGGUCCCUAGGUUUAAGGAAUCUCCAAAAUGCACUUCUGACUCAGAGACUAGCGAUGUGAUGGUAUCACCAUCACAAGUGGGUUCAAGGCUCUCAAGGUUAGGUUCAUCAGGAAAUCCAACACCAUGGAAACCCUCCAUAGGAAUCAGCCGGUUCUUCUCCUCCAAAGCAGGGUAUUAG